AUGGUUAGCAUUCGAUCCGCCACGGUUGCCUCUGCGUGUCUGCUGCUCGGUAUCACCCUCAGUUCCACGGGAGCAGAUGACUCAUGGGGUGACAUGGCACAGUAUACCAGUGGCAACUCUGGUACUCAGGAAAAGCAGUCCACACACGCCCCUGUCACAUGGGAGGCUAACAAGAAAUCUGGCGACAACCAAAAAUCUGAAGACGACCAAAAGUCCGACGACGACACCACUGACGCGCCUUCAACGAAAGCUUCGUCUAACAAAGACUCGGAUGAAGACACUAGUGAUGUCUCCGCACUUGAACAAUCGAGCGAAAACUCUCGGACGGAAGCUCCGGCACCGUCAUGGGAGUCCAACGGAAAGUCCGAUGAUAACACCGACGAUGAUGACAAAUCUCGCACUUCACCAUCUUCGGGGGCAGACGACAACUCAUGGACUCAAGCUCCGACAAGUGGAAACUCGGACGAUGACAACGAUGAUGGAAACAAUGAUAGCUCAUCGGAGUCCACUGGUACUUCAAAGUCUAGUGGAGACUUGUGGAAGCAAGGCCCUGUAGACAGCAGCCAAAUCACUGCUAAUGGUGGAGGUGCCACGGGAGGCGGGAAGGUCCCCGAUGGCACGUGGCCAACAAGCACCGGAAUGGUUCAGUAUUCCGAGGCACGUGUGAUCAAGGCUGGUGAGGUGUUCGACGGCAAGAUGCAGACGUUCGAGCGUUCCGACGUCUCGUGUGAGGGUCAAACCGAGAGUGGAGCCGACACCGCCGUGUUCAAGAUGGAGCCCGGUGCCACACUCAAGAACGCCAUCAUCGGCAAGAACCAAAUGGAGGGCGUCCACUGCGACAAGCACGACUGCACCAUUGAGAAUGUCUGGUGGGACGACGUGUGCGAGGACGCCCUCAGUAUCAAGGGCGGAACCGCCUCCAGUGUGUCGACUGUCACCGGUGGCGGUGCUCGCUCGGCCGACGACAAGGUCAUCCAGCACAACGGAUACGGCACCGUCAAGAUCGACGGCUUCUACGGCGAAGAUAUCAGCAAGCUCUACCGUUCGUGUGGCACUUGUGGCGACCGGCCUAAGAAGGUGUCGGUCUCCAAUGUGUGCGUCGUGAACCCGGGCAAUGCCAUCGUGACGGUGAACAAGAACUGGAACGAUGAGGCCUCGCUGAGCAACAUUUGGGUCAAGUCCAGCAACGACAAGGUGAAGAUCUGCCAGUGGUCUCAGGGUAAUGCGGACGGCGAGCCGUCCAUGUUGGGCGACGGUCCGUCCCCGCCACUGUGCCAGUACUCGGAAAGUGACGUGCACAUCAACGGCGACGUCGUGCAACACAACGGUCAGGGCACAGUAAUCAUCGACGGCUUCUACGCAGAGAACUUUGGCAAACUCUACCGUUCGUGCGGCACGUGUGGUGACAUUCCUCGUACCGUGACAGUGAAGAAUGUGUACGCGGUGGAUCCUCAAGUGAGCGUUAUCACUGUGAACAAGAACUACGGCGACAAGGCUACGCUGAGCAACAUUUGGGUCAAGACUUCGGACGGCAGCAACGAAGUGAAAGUGUGUCAGUGGUCUCAGGGAGGUGACAACCCCUCGAAUCUUGGUGACGGUCCGUCUCCGCCUCUAUGUCAGUACUCCGAGAGCGAUGUGCACAUCAACGGCGAUAUCUCUCAAGCUGCGGGCAGUUCGACCCCAACGUCUAUGGAUGGCGGUGAAGCUGAUCAGACAUCCGUCACUGUGUCCUCGGGAGACUCUAACGAUGACGAAGAUGACGGUGACAACAGCACUACGCAGAACCAGUGGACUCAUCCUUCGAAAUCAAGCGGCGACGAUAAUGACUCGAAGGAUCCGACCAAUUUAAGCGAUGACAAGGAAGCCGGCGACAGCCAGUCGGAUGACAUGUCAUACGGUGACAACAAGUCCGACGACAAGAAGUCCGACGACAACAAGCGAAACGACGGAAACAAUGGAGACGACAAGGAAUCGUCGGGCGACAACAAGUCGGACGAUGAUUCGAAUCAGCAGCAGGACCAGAGCGUUAUGCAGUCGGAGGUGGCAGGCGAAGCUGGAGCUUGGAGCGAGUCGGUCACCAAAACGUCGAAUAUCCCAACCAAAAAGUGCAACAUUCGCCGUAAGAGGAACUGAAGCGGGCGUCAGCGAUGGUACUGACGCAUUGUUUCGCGGAAUAUUUCGCGUAGUUUUCAAGCAGAGACGUUUUAAUGUGUAAGAAAAGAGUUGAUCUCACGAAAUCACCAGAACCUUCACCCGCCUACACGCACGAUCAGUAUUAAAAUAAAAACUCCAGACGUAGGUGCCACCAGUAUAUCCAAAAGCGACCAAGAUUUCGCGAAUCCAACGCCACAUUGAGAAUCGAAAUAAAUCCGUACGCAGAGCCUUUCACUCUGUACAGUCAAAUGUAAAUUUGAAAAUACAAGCCCC